GUCCUGUCCGCCGAGUCUUGGGAUAAGACAGUUUAUUUCAUCAAGUGCUGCUGUUAACUGGAGCUCAACAACCACAAUCAUCAGGAUGACUAUUGGCGCUUGAUGUAGGUGACGAAGAAGAGCAGCCGAGAAGGAGCCUCGUUCGGUGACACUGUGUGCGCAAAGGAAAUGGAGUUUAUUCUUCGUUGCAACGCAUUGAAAUGCAGGAAAGAGUUGAAGAACCAUGCAGUGGUUACUACCUGCAGUCAUGUUUUUUGCAUCGAAUGUGCAAAUCAAUCCCAGCUUUCAACAAGUGUACGGGAGAAUCGACGAACAACAUGUCCCGCAUGCGAUAUGCAUUUACCAAAUCCUGACGAUGUUGUCGUUACAAAUUUAGAACCAAGUGAGGACUAUAAGACGAGCGUGUUGAGUGGACUCAAUCCAAGCGUCAUAAUGGAGUGCGCAGGCCGAGCCUUAAGUUUCUGGGCAUAUCAAACAACUCAAGAGAUUGUUUAUCAAGAAUACCUUGCCAAAAGUUUGACAGACAAGUAUUCGACGCUGGAUUCUCAGAUGGACAAGAUAAUACAUGAUGCAAAUAGCGAGAUAUCGAACCUCCGCAACAAAAUGCAGGGAAUGAAUUCGGACAAUGAUGCUUUGAGGAGGAAGAAUGAAGAGCUCCAUCAUGAUCUUAGAGAGAGGAAUAAGAAGUUACUUCAGACCCAGGAACUUUACGAUAAGAUGAAGCGUAGAGGAAUGUUGGAUCAAGUUCAGACUGCGGCUUCGAACGCAGUUGAUGAUACAAUACAAGCGACGACAAACGGUAAUCGCUUCACGGAAAACCCAGGCACAAAUGACCACAGACCGCCUCUUUACGCAAAUCAACAGACUGGCCCGCUGAAUCAUGCUAGCGGUUUUCUCAACUCAACCAUGCCACCCCCACCCCAAAGAAGAAGACAUAGUAGUGAGUGGGACAAUAUUGGUAGCCAAGGGCAAAGUCAUGUGUCUCAGCACUACAAUCAUGUUCAGGCAACUCCUUCCUCUCAUCGACAGCCUUUGGCAUCCAGCCAUUUUCCUCCUACAAGCAUCGGUAGGAACAAUAUACAAAGCCAUAUGGCUGGAACACCGUUGCCAUUACCCAAUGGUCGAGCUACCCCUCGUCGAACUCCACUUUCAAGUAUCAAUGUUAAUACUGGUCAACCGUCCAGUUUUGUAGGUUAUGGCUUGCGGGCAGGUCUGAAAGUGGGAAACCCAGGAGCAUCUUUAGCAUCAGACUUUGCUAGACCAAGUGGUCGAUUAGUAGCGCAGAGACCUGGCUCAACCCUUCCAUUUAGUCGUGACUCAGGGCUCGGAACCCCCUCAAUUUCUCGAGGUGGAAGUAACUACUAUUGACGUAGUUACUGAUAUUGCUAUUCGAACCAUCUAUGUCUUUGCUGACCAUACCAGAUUCAAUGAUUCCCCGUACAACUAUACUAUUAAUUCCAAAAAUGUAGCUGUGACUCAGAAGUCAUGUGGCGCUAAAUAGUACUAGAUGAGCUUUCUUUCUCCAUUUUCUGUGCAAAAUGACA